UCGAUCAGGUAGUACAGUAACAUAGGAGGACGGGCAGGAAGCGGCGUGGGCAGUCUCCUUGUGUCACCGCCUGCGUCAGACACAGACGCCAGGAGGGAGUUUUCCACUGACGAAAAGGCUGCGCUUCUCGGCAGACUGCUACAGACAAGGGAAGCGCUUCAGCUGCUGCGGAGCCCCGUGCGGCACACAGGCACACAGACAAUAGCGGAGGAGUCGUAUACGCGGGCAACAAACGGGUUUAAACCUCUGCAUUUUGGAUUAAUAGCCCCUCAUCCCAUCGAUAGUUCGUUGGACGAGAUUUGGUCACUAAUGCUGAAAGGAUACUUAAUUUGGUGAUUCGCCACACCGUCGCCAUGAGUGGGCUUCUGAAGAGGAAGUUCGAGGAGGUGGAUGAGGACCCGUGCUACUCGUCUGCCUCCCCCUCCUCUCUCUCCUCCGCCUGCUCGGCCUGGGACUCGGAGGGGGAGAGCUGCUACUCAGACACCCUGGAUUCCACUCCCAGCAACCCCAGCUCCCCAGCAACUCAUUUCAACACGACGUCCAUCCUAAAGAAAACAAAGAGGGCACGGCGAGGCAAUGUGACCUUUGACCAGGUCACAGUCUUCUUCUUCCCUCGAUGCCAAGGCUUCACCAGCGUCCCCAGCAGAGGAGGCUGCACUCUGGGCAUGACUCCUCGACAUACUGCGCUUCGCACCUACACGCUUGCUGAGUUUGCUGUAGAGCAGAAGCUCCUGCGACGAGAGAAGCUACUCAACAGGUUCAAACAGGAGAAACUAGAGGCACUCAAGCAAAAGCUGACUAAAAAUGGGACUCAGGAGAGUGAAGAAGCAGAGAAGCUAACUGUGGACGAUAUCCCUGAGCAUGAUCUGGAUCUGAGUGGUGCCAACCUGGAAGAGGGCUCUUUUCUGCAGCCGUACACGUCCAAACUACGCUACGCUCUGCUCAAAGCAGCUGGGGUCAAGAAGAUCGACAAAGAGGAGAAGAGGCAGCUGCAUGAGCUCCGGCUCUCCAGAGAAAACUGUGGCUGUGACUGUCAGGGUUUCUGUGAACCAGAGACCUGUGGCUGCAGCUUAGCAGGCAUCAAAUGUCAGAUGGACCAUUCCUCUUUCCCUUGUGGCUGCACUAAAGAUGGCUGUGGAAACACUGAGGGGCGCAUCGAGUUCAACUCCACCCGGGUUCAGACACACUACAUCCACACUAUCAUGAAGUUGGAACUGGAGAAAAGGCUGGAGGAGCAGUCCAGCGACGAGGAGAGCAGGCGGCCUCAGGCGGCUACCGUACACAGCAGCCCAGCCAGCCUCACCCACAAACCCCUGCCCCCUCUAUCCAUGGCCCCCUCCUUCACAUUUGGGUCGGAGCUGUCUGCUGUGGAGGAGAACAGCUGUAGCAGUGACAUGACAGACUUAUCAGACUCCUCAGGGCAAAGUGAGGACUCUGAGGCGGGGGAGAGACAGUGUGACCACUGCUCACAAAUGGACACAGACACAGAAAGGGGCUCCAGUCUCAGUAACACACAGACCUGCUCUAAAUGCAAAAGGGACAUAACAGAGCGAGAGCAGGAGCAGACCUCCACUGAGGCCUUCGGUAGCUUUAGCAUAGCGGACUUUGCAGAUGAAAAUGACAAUAUUGACUCUGCUUUGUUGGACUCUGAACAGACAGACAAUCGAGCUACAGCCAUUUCAGAACUCAUUGAUGAAAACGCCAACCAGGGAAACGCUCUGUUCCACAGCGGUAGCGUACCCCGCACUCCCUCCCCCACCGUAGACCGUUCGGCCAGCUACAACAUGGACUUGAGCCUGUCCUCCGAGUCCGACCUGGAGUUCUUUGACGGCUUCCCCUGCCUUGGGCCCAGCUCGCUCUAUAACUCUCUGAAGGAGUACGAACACAUGGACACCUAUUUUCAGUUCCAGUUGCCUAGUUACCCCAGCCUCCCUGCAGCCUCUGACCCCGGCACAUGCCUCCUCGAGUCGCUCAUUGGCCUUUCUGAGUCCGUCCCUGAGCCCCCUGCCACUUUUACAGACAAUCAGCUGUUGGAGGAAGCCAUGAAGUUGUCUGUGAUGGAAUCUGUGAAAGUUUAACUAAAACAAGCAAGAAGAAAAAAAACAAAACUUUUGUACGGGGUGAACUAUACAUGCACACAGUAAGAUUACUGAUGUCUAAGAAGUGGUUUGUGGAGGAAGCUGUGAUUCCCUUUUGCCUAAAACGUUCAAAUUGCCUUCAAAAUGUUAGCAAAGCAUGUGGGAGUAUUGCUGUGUGAGAUGGCAGCUAGUGGUAAAACUAAAUAAUUUGACAUGGCCCUUGAAAACCAAUGAUGGCUAACAAUUCCUAAGAAAGCUCUUUGAACCAAACCAUAUGCUACAACAGUCAACCUUUAUAACAGGGCCUUGUCAGGAAUCGAACACAGCUGAAUGUGCACCUCAGGGAUAUUUUUCUAGCUUUCUAGCUUUUGGAGGCAAUGUGCGGAGAGCAUUGCUGUGAUGGCCUUUCAAUGAGACCUGAGUCCAAUCACAAACAUAGUCCAAUGUGCAUCCUCCUGUCAGACUCAGUGCUUACUCUGAAUAGCCUGAAGGGGGCGGUCUUUGCUGUGUUCAAAUGGGCCGUUCUCCUCACGCUGUCCAAAUCCUGGGUUUUGUAUGGUACAGAAGUCCCUCAGAAAGCUCCUCAAUCAGCACUUUAUCUGUGAAAAGACUUAAGUAUCAAUAGGCAUUGUUUUGGUUGUAUGGGGUGGAUUCAGCUGUUCACCGCUACAUGAUUUGUGAGCUGGGUAACUAGAAAUAACACUCAUACCAUAGAAGCUGUAGCUGUUUUGUCUUUAAUACCCUUGAAUUAAAUUAUUUUCUUUAUGAUUUAAUUUUUAUUUAUUUCAGCUAAAGCCUAUUUUCAUUCACCAAGCACUGUGGUUUAAUAUUCACCUCUAAGUGCAAUCCUUCUUUCCUUUUUCCGAAUUACAUUAAUGCAUUGUUAUGGGAAAUGGGACCACAAGUCCAUCAAAGUAUUUAAUAUCUAUUCUCGUAUUCAUUUAACAUUUUUUAUAACUUAUUAUGUCAUUAUUUCAGUAGUUAUUUAAUUUAUACCUUUGGGCAAUAAAAUGGGCUGUAGUGGAGUUUACUGGAUGUGCCUGUUAUCAGGGAGCCAUGCCUGCCAGUGGCCUGUGCACAGGGCUUCCACUUAAGCUUUGGGACUGAAAACUGUGGAAUCUCCCUAAUCACUGAAACUAAAGUUUGGGUCUAUUAUUAAAUGGCUGCCUAUAUUGUAACCAUAGAAAAGACACUAAUAUUUUGUAACUGAUUUUAUGUAGAUUGAUUGCAAAAAAUUCUAAUCACUGACAAAUGUAAUAUUUUAUUAAGAGACUAGUGAAUAAUUUUCAAUUUGGGACAACCUUUGUAAUAUAUGAAUUAUAGAGACAUUUAUGUAUGAAGGUUAUAGCUCUAGCAUUCUGAAGUAUUUUCAUAGGCGGACUUAGAUAUGUUAAAAUGCCAUUAAAAAUUAAUAAUUUGCAAAGAUCAAUUUGAUUGUAUUCUGAAGUUUUGGAAGUCUGUGACUUGGGUUACAAUGUUAUAAAUUAAAAGUUUUUUGUGGGUAAAAAUUGCAUAUAUUAUACAAUUUUUAUCAUGUACAAAAGCUUGACCAUGAAAGCGUUGCCUGAUUCUUGAGAGGAGGGCGUGAAGUGUUGAGUCGAUGUACAUAUGUCCCCUCUUACAGCUGUUCUACAGCCGGUGGACCCUUUAGACGUAUGCAUGCAGGUCCUGUUUGUUCAAACUUGUUCUGAUUCAUUGUAUACUUUGAAAAGUGCAGCGUGCACAAUGGAAAUGUAUUAUUCGCUUUUUGCCUUUUUCAUUACUUUUAAAAUCCAUGUGUUUGGCCAUAAAAUGGGCAGACUUUUGCAACAAUUAGUUUCUAUUGUACAAAACAUCAUUUAACAUGAAGAACAUGGCACCAGUGAGUGUUAUCAAUGUAAUGUAUUACAGUACGGCUGUUUCUUUUUCAAACAAUGUGUCUUACUUUGAUGCCUUUUGUGUUGUACAGAUUUCUGCUUGAAUGGUCCUGCAGAGCAAACAAAGCUGCUUUAUUUUUUACAUAUUCACACAUUAACCUGCUGUUUAAAACUAUUUCUUUCAUUUAAGCCAUUUUGACAGCCUGUCCCUCCAAAUAAAAAAAAAAGUUUUUUCUAAAA